AGACACAGAUCCCUGGAGACCGAGAGACGUAGAGGGGGAGACGGGGGGAGUCAGGGAGACGCAGACAGCCCCAGACAGACGUCCGUUAGUCGCGUAGUCGCCGGUCACUCGGCGCAAAACGCGGAAUUACAAUGAACGGAACCGGACAUUUCAACUAAUCUUAGCGGCGUUGGAACUAGAUUUAAAGGCGGUACAGUGACCUGAACUGUGCGCCGAUAGACAGAUAGAUAGAUAGAUAGAUAGAUAGAUAGAUAGAUAGAUAGAUAGAUAGAUAGAUAGAUAGAUAGAUAGAUAGACAGAUAGACAGAUAGACAGAUAGAUAGAUAGAUGGAUAGACAGACAGAUAGACAGAUAGACAGGCACACAGACAGACAGACAGACGGGGAGGACACAGGGAAACCGGGAGGAGGAGGACAGAACCGACGGACGGAGGCUGGAGUUCGGUCCUUUGGGCUCUGCGGUUCUUCCUCCUCUCCUCCUCUUCCUCUCUGGAGCGUUUAUGUCUGACUUCAGGAGGCUUUAAAUGUUCAACUUGAUGGGUGUUUUAAACGCCACCGCCGCCAAUGUCUCCUGUACUUGUAACUGCAAGCGCUACACGUCCCUCCAGACCAUGGAAAUCACCCAGCUGGAGUUCGUCCAGAUCCUGGUGAUCGUGGUGGUGAUGAUGGUGAUGGUGGUGGUCAUCACCUGCCUGCUCAACCACUACCGCCUGUCGGCCCGCUCCCUGCUGUCCAGACACGGCCCGGCUCGCAGGAGGCACCUGCCGCUGGCCAGCGAGGCUGGUCUCUGGUCCGCUGACGCCACUGGAACAAGCAGUGGUCUGAAUGAGCCCCAGGUGUAUAACCCCCGGCCCCCGGACAGAGGCAUCCCCUCGUCCUACCUUCAGCGGGAGCCCCAUCACGCCCAGGCCCAGCCUCCGCUCCAGUCGCAGCGCUUCCAGCACACAUACGCCCCGAGCCGCUUCCAGCCCACGUAUCCCUACCUGCCCCAGAGCAUCAUCGACCUCCCCCCCACCAUCGCCCUGUCGGACGGGGAGGAGCCGCCGCCGUACCAGGGCCCCUGCACGUUGCAGCUCAGAGACCCGGAGCAGCAGAUGGAGCUGAACCGCGAGUCCGUCAGAGCACCACCCAACAGAACGGUGUUCGACUCGCACCCACUCGACCCGUCCAACUCCUAUCUGCAGGCCAGUCUGCAGGCUCCUCCUCCAAGUGCCCACUCAGGCAUCAGCGUGCUGGAAGCGCAGGAGGCCCUGUCCAGGCAGCAGAAGCAGGCCUCUCGGCUGGAAGGCGCUCCCCCGGCCUACAGCGAGGUGAUUGGCCACUACUACCACCCGGCCUCCCUCCACCCCGGCCACAACCAGCGGACGGUGUCGUCCUCUCAGGCGCCCGCGUCCGCAGUCAUCCACGGCCUGCUCCGACCUCCGCUUCAGCAAGGAAGCGUGGACAACAGGAAUGCAAGGAACACGAAGGAGAAAUCCCAGAAACCCCAGCAGCUGUGACUGUACUACAUCAUUCCUAGCCUGCAGGAACCUGGAUUAUGUCUGCCGGUCGUUGACCAACAGGGAAGCAAAGGUGAAACCUCCUCUGAACGCGUGAAGGGCUGCUUCGUGUCAGACGUUGCAGCUGAUCCCGUCAGUCCUGCAGUUUCCAUCACUUCCUGGAAAACGGUGGGACAGAGGGGAAGCAGCACCGCUGGCUUCUCCGCUGGUAACUACACCUGGAACCACCUCAUUCCUGCAGAGCAGUCACUGGAGAACAUCUGGUGCGUUCUGUUCCACAGCUACUUCCUGUCCGAGGAGCACUUCAGAUGAACCGAUGAUGUUGUCCGAGACGGAGGUCGAACCGUGGAGACGGACGCCUCCAACCUUACAAAGUAGUCUUUAUCAUUAUAAAUAUUUACAUGUUCUGCUUGUUUCUGUCGUACCUUUGGUUCCUUUGUGUUUUUCGCACUUACAAGAGAAUUCCUCUCCACAUUGGCGGCGACAUGUUGCAAUCUUCUUGGUUCUUCCGGAUGUGAGGUUCUCUAGUGAUAAUCCCCUCCCUGCUCUGACGCCAGGGCCUCGUUAGCACACUAGAGUCAUUUUAGCUGUAGUUAGCGUCAUCGUAGCUUACCCGUUACAGCACAAUGCUAAAAGUCUUUGAGCUAAACGUUUUGCCUUAUACCAACCAACAGAUGCACGAGUUGUUGCUAAAAUCCCUUUUUUAUUUUAUGGUUUCUGAAGGUUUGCACAAAGACUGUUCCACACAGAAAAAAUUGCAAUAUGAUCGAUGAGCGAGAGCAGAGAGUCGGGGUAUUUUUCUAAACGUGAUGGAUUCCUAUGAGUAACUGUGUUGUUUUGUUUGUUUUUAUAUGUUGACUAGUGAUAGAAAAAGAAAACAGCAGUAAUCUGUUGGCGUGCCAACGUCCAUGUUGAACAUUUUCCUGCGUACAUGUUGGCAUGUAUAUACGUUACAUAAGGAAUAUAUAUAUACACAUGUAUGCAAACCGAGAGCAAACUUCGAAGCACGAAUUUAGAGUUAUUUAUAUAAAUGCUAAAAAGAAUUGCACUAUUUUUUAGUAUGCGCCGGUGGAACGUGUGAGAGAGACUUUUAUUUUGAAGGAGCUCUGUCUGUUGUGGCCUGAACAACUUACUGUGGAGGCAGAGGCUCAACCACAUCAGUGCACAGCGGCUGCUAUCAUGAGAACAUAUCAUGGCAACAUUCUGACUUAGGUCCAACGGACUCAGAACAACUUUUACUGAACCAUUGAUUUAAAAAACAAAUCCCUGUUUUAUGCAAAUGUCUGAGUCCUGUGAGCCAAAAACAAGUCAGGAUUCACCCUGUGGGUCCAAUCAGAACUCUGCUUGUAGCUCUCCCCCUCUCUCACCCUAUUGGCCGAACCGUUAGCCAAUCCCGAAGCAGGCCGUCACUACCUCGACCAAACCUGUCAAGCCUGUUUGGCCACGUUAAUCAGAAUUUGUCACCAUAAACAAGUGUUUAAACUAAUCAAGACAAUGUUUAAAGUAGCAGUAGAGCAGAGUAGAGUAGAGCUUUAUGUUAUUUGAAUGUCAGCGUUUAUGGUCGGGUGAGGAGAGGGAGGGUGACGCCCGGUCACUCUACAGGCCCUCGAUGUGUGACACGCCGACUGUGUGCUGCUGUGACGUUGAAGCCUCGCUCUCCUCAGGCGUCUCUGAGCACUUUACUGCAACAGGACAGAGACCGCAAUCAUCCCGUCAGCCGGCGUUAGCCGGCGUUAGCCGGCGUUAGCUAGCGUUAGCCGUUGUUAGCUAGCGUUAGCCGGCGUCAGCCAGCGUUAGCCGCAGCUCCCUACGAUAUUAAUUCACAGUCCGAAUUUUUCCACACAAAGACUCUGAACCUGGAGAUCCACACUUUUAAAGAACACCAAGAGUUGUGCUCCAAAACCUUUAACUACACAAAUUAGCCACACAGGUGACAAACUCCCCUGUUCUCAUGUUGUGAUGUUUGGCUUUGGAGCGCGAGUCUUUGUGUGUUGAACGCAGCAUGAGGCGGGUUGUUACAAGCUGGACACACUGAAGUGUUGAAAAGUGACACGAGUGUCGGCGCUGGCUCGUCCUGCGGCGUCUUUUUAAGGGUGUGGAACUAAAGGAAGAGUUGGUUCACUGAGGUCAGAGGGUUUAACAGGGGGUCCUGAGCGAAGCCAGCGCCCUCUAGUGUCCAGCCUUUAUGCAACAGCGCCCUCCACAGGAACAGAAAGGAACUGCAGCCAAAACAACCAAAGCCGAAGCGACUUUAAGUAAAAGCCUCGGAGAUUUUCUUUCAGUCCUUAAUUUAAAAACGCCCCAAGUAACAAUGUGUUCAAGUCUGCAUUUUGUAUUUAAUGAUGGGCAAAUAAUCAUGUGAAAUUGACCCAAAGCAGGUAAAGAAUGUUAUAUAUAAUAAUUAAUCAAAGGAUGAAUCACCUUUGAUGAAACACGUGUUGUGGGGUGAAUAUCCAGGUUUUUCAGGUUUUCUUUAGUUUCUCGGGGCUGUUUGUUUCCUAAACUUUGGCCUCCUGCUGUGGAGGGUUUGCAGCGGGUAAGAGAGGGCUGGACGGGCCCUCAAAUGAAAUGACCUCAGCUCAACGGGCUGCGUGGGUUCUCACAUCAGACAAAGUGCUGCUGGCGGCGCAGACGGGAACACGGGAGGAACCGAACUUCAAACACGCGUCACAUCAGUCAGAUCACACGGAGGGAGCGUUUACACGCCGCUGUUCACCAGCGUUAAUCACGCUCCUGCUCCUCUUCACCUGUCACAGUGAACAGGAAGGUUGUGGCAAUGAGCCGAUAGUGUUUCUGUCAGAAGUCGAACUAAUGUUUACACAAGGAACGUGUUGGAACGUCGCGUGUCCUCUGACUCAAUCAUUCCUUCACUGACGAACUUAGCUUAGCAUAAAGAAAUCAGCACAUUAUAGGAGCUAUGGGACAAGUUUAAGGCUACAGUACCAACACUUAUAAUUCUGUCUCUAAUUACUGGAACCUGAUUACGCUGGAGCUGGAGCCAGAACAGCUGAUCAGGUUUAAAGCUCCUCAAAUGAGCCGUGAUGACAGUGCUGAUCUGCAUCUGUUCGCGGUCCCACACGUCUCUGCUUCCAUCCACUGUUAGUGUUAGUGCGUCUGGGCGUCCACUGUUCCCAGAGCAGCCGUGCGUGUGUAAUUAGCCCUGGAGUCGAGACUGAACCCAAACACGAGCGGCAGACUAAACAGCGCCGGCUCGGACCACACGCCCGCUUCCGCCCUCCCGCUUCCUGUCUGCGCAGACGCUGCCUGUUCCCCUGAGACGCCUGCGUCCAGUGACGGAGCUCCUUCAGGCCCGGCCUCGCGGCCCCGGUCUCGUUACGAGCGUGUUAUUGUUUAUUGAUGUUGCUGCGUUGUUACAAGUGUGCCUGCCUGCGCUGAGACGGGCGUAAUGAGUGGUCGGUCUGGGCUGUCAAUCAUCCCAGGCCACGCCCCAUUACUGUCUCAGACAAUGAUAAUGAUGAUUGGAUGUUGUGGAGAGUGAGGAUGAUGAAGAUGGAUUUGAUAGUGAUGUUGCAGAGAGCGUUGCAAUACACCUACUAUUUGCCUUUUUAUAAUAUUAGUCAUAUUCUAAUGUAGUGUUCAAUGUUUUUAUUGUUGUUGAUGUUAUUGUUGUUUAUUCAUUGAGAACAAAAAAGGUCAUUUUACUUCAAUGGGUCACUUUUUUAAAUCCAACUUGGAGCGAGUGAAGCUGCUGAUGACUGGCGCAGGACGUGGACGUUCUGGGUUCAAGUGGCCUUUUCUAGUUCAGCGUGUGCGUGUUGGUUUUUAGAGGAUAAAAGUGAUGAAUUCCCAGUAUUUCCACACGCGCCGCUCGGGAACGGCUUAAAGUGAAGCUUCCUAAUUGGUCAGCGCUGCUCAGCACACGCCUCCUUCGGUCCCACGGUAAAUCAUCCCAGUUCAGAACAGUUCAGUGAGAACGUGCUGGUGGUUCUGGAGCCCCGGUGCCGGUUCUGAGCGCCGCGGACCCGACCGGCACCGGUCCUCGCCCGCUUCAGCGUCUGCAUGUGCCUUCUGGUGUCCGGGCUCAGUGGAGCCCCGCUGUUAAAUGCCUUGAUCCCCUCAGACUGGACCAGGACGCAGACCAGUCACACGACAAAUGGAAGGUCGCACACAAAGAGCAGUAGAGACAAAUGUGGCGGUGGAUUCAACUUUUAUUGUGCAAAUAAUUAUUGGCUACAUUUUCAAAUCUGUGUUAAAUUAGAAUUGAAUAUUUAACUUUUUAUGACCUUCCAUUCACAUAGUAUUUAGGAAGCUCACUAGUUUUUUUUUUGACCCUGACACACUACUACCCCACUGACUGGUGACAGACUGGAGGGAAGCACAUUGAAGCCUGUGUCUGCGUUGUUCUGCUCCUUGAAUCAGCGUCGUCCGGCGCCUUUUCCUCUGACAAUGUUGAAGAACCUGUGAUGAAGCCCUCCUUUGGUUCCAGCACGUGUGCGUAUGGGUCGCGUUGUGCUGGUCGGGAUUCCUACAUGCAUCUGGUCCAGACGUUUGAGAUGAAUAUGACAAAGUGCUGCCGGAUGCAGAUGUGGGAACUCUGAUCUGUUGCCGUAGAAACGCGGCCUGGUUUAAACGAAGGGCGAACGAUCCGGUGCCCGAGCGAGCGAGCGAGCGAGCGUUACGUCCAGUCAUCGGCGGCAGCAUCGCUCACACACCUACAGUAUAUAGAGGCCUACUUACUCUGAACAAUAUUUGCUUCCUUGUGUAUUAAAGCAGUUUAUUUAAUUUUAAGUUGGAGUGGACUCUGUAUCGCCGGGUUGUGUUCUUCUCCUCUUUGUCACAAGCAGAAGACUCUGGUUUAUCGCUGUCACAGAACCUGAUAAGAAUCAGACACAUUUCAGUUAGUCUUCAGUUUAAAGAAUUAAUUAAAGCGUUUUAUAAAUA